UUAAAUCUUUAUAUUGACGCCCCUUCUUUCUUCUCUCUUCGCUUGUGCCUCAAGGAUCGGCAGUUUGGGGGAAGCUUGCGAUCCAAUGCGGCUCGCCAGUUCGUGAUCGGUUGCUGGAUCGGGCAUUGCGGAGAGCGGCUAUGAGCUCGGCGAGGGCGAUGCACCCCCUCUGCUGCAUCGUCCUAGAUCGCCAUAGCGACGUCGGCCACCGAUGCCCGGACCCUGCGCCCGCCGGGGGAGACGACACGGAGGUGGAACAAUCUCCGAACGACGGCGAGGAGGUUGCUGUAUCUGGCGUUCUCUACAAGUGGACCAAUUACGGUCGCGGCUGGCGGUCCCGCUGGUUCUCCCUCCGCCGCGGCGUGCUUUCCUACUCCAAGAUCCGCCCCGGUGACGGUGCCCCUACAAAGGAGGACGCGGCUGUGCGGAUCAUCGGAGACACCUCCACGAAGAUCUCCUCCCGAGCGGCCGCCGGAAAAAAGUCGUCCGCCAAGUCGGUCGGCAUCGUUUAUCUCAAGGUUUCAUCUUUUCGAGAGAGCAAGUCUGAUGAUAGACGGUUCUACAUAUUUUCUCGCACGAAGACACUUCAUCUGAGAACUGAUUCAGAGAAAGAUCGUGUAACAUGGAUUCAGGCAUUAGUCUUGGCAAGGAGUGUAUAUUCAUUUAGAACAUUGAGUGAACGAAUUUCUUCUCUCUCAAAUGGUAUAACAUUUUCAACUGAUAGACUUAGAGAUCAUAUGCACGCUGAGGGACUUAGGGAGGAUGUGAUAAGAGACUGUGAACAUAUUAUGCUGUCAGAGCUCUCAGAAUAUCAUAGACGAGUAAAGCUUCAGUAUGAAGAACACCUAAAGUUUCUUGCUACUGUUGAGCAACAUCUAGUAUACACUAACACUGAAGAUGAAGAAACAAAUCGUGGUGGUCAUUUGCAGCUAUUGAAAACUGAAUUUUCUUGUUCUGGACACGAAAAGUAUAGUGAAUAUAGCACAACGGAAUCAUCAGAUGAUGUAGAAAAGCAAGAAACUGAUGACAUUUCGGAUGAUGAUGAGCCAAUUUUCUUCGAUACAGAUGAAGGCUUCAGUGACAAGUCUGGAUCUGAUUCCUGUGCCACUUUGACAAGGGUGAGAAGCAAGAAUGGCAUUGGUGAGAUAAUACACUCCAAAGAAAAAGAUUGUUGUCAGGAUGUAGUUUCUUAUCCUGAAAGGCGAAAGAAGCUACCAGAACCCAUUGAGGAGGAGAAAAGUGUGGGCCUUUGGUCUUUGAUUAAAGACAAUGUUGGUAAGGAUCUUACACGUGUUUGUCUACCAGUUUACUUCAAUGAACCAUUGUCAUCCCUUCAGAAGUGCUUUGAAGAGCUCGAGUAUUCACACCUUUUGGAUGAAGCCUAUGAAUAUGGCCAAAAGGGGAACAGUCUGAUGAGAGUUCUGAAGGUAGCAUCAUUUGCAGUUUCUGCAUAUGCUUCUUCUAUUGGUCGAAUUUGCAAACCUUUCAACCCUUUGUUAGGAGAAACAUAUGAAGCUGAGUUUCCUGAAAAGGGCAUCCGUUUCAUGUCAGAAAAGGUUAGCCAUCAUCCGAUGCUCAUCGCCUGCCACUGUGAAGGCAAAGGUUGGAAAUUUUGGGGGGAUAGCAACCUUACCUCAAAGUUCUGGGGGCAAUCCAUCCAGCUUGAUCCCGUCGGCAUUUUGACCCUAGAAUUUGAUGAUGGUGAGAUAUUCCAGUGGAGUAAGGUCACAAGCACCAUCUACAAUCUCAUAUUUGGCAAACUUUACUGUGAACACCAUGGUAUGAUGAACAUAAGAGGAAACAGAAUGUUUUCGAGCCAACUCAGAUUUAAGGAGAAGUCUCUUCUCGAUCGUAAUCCUCGGCAAGUGGUUGGCUUUGUUGAGGACGCAAACAAGACCAAAGUAGCAUCCUUGACAGGAAAAUGGGAUGAUAGAAUGUAUUACUGUAAAGGAACUGAUGUUUCGAACAAGGCGGCUAUUCCUACUGAAGAUGCCUAUUUGCUAUGGAAAAGGAGCGACCCUCCUGCUAAUCCAACACGAUACAACUUAACAUCAUUUGCAAUUACACUGAAUGAGUUAACUUCUGGGCUACAGGAGAAACUCCCACCUACAGAUUCGAGACUUCGACCAGACCAGAGGCAUCUGGAAAAUGGUGAGUAUGAGAAAGCAAAUGCGGAGAAGUUACGGCUUGAACAAAGGCAGCGAAUGGCAAGGAAAAUGCAAGAGACGGGCUGGAAGCCAAGAUGGUUCCGAAGAGAAGGCGAAGACGGUACAUACCGCUACGUCGGCGGUUAUUGGGAAGCAAGAGAGCAGAAAAAGUGGCAUGAAUGCCCAAACAUAUUUGGUGAAUUUUAAAGCCGCACUCUUCUACCUCAACCUCUGAUACUUCUUCAGGUUGGCACUGCUCAACAUCCCACCUCCUUCCUCAUAUGCAAGAAUCACAAUUUGUUCCGCUGGGACGAGCAUAGUCACUUUUUGCCAUCAAAAAUCACAAUUUGUUCAGAAGAUUAUGAAAUACCAGGAACAUGAAGUUGCAUCUCACCAAUCGAGAGCAGUAUUUAUUCAUAGAAUUAUAGUUGUUUCCUUCGAUUUGCUGCAUUGGCAUUUUAUUUGUCGACAAACUAUAGAUUCAAUCCCCUUUUCCAGUCAAGAUGUUAAUUAGUCAACGAGGUGAAGAGAAUUUUGUGGUAAGAUGAGUGCAACUAAAGUUUCAGGCUAUGUACAAUGAUGGUUUCAAUAAAAUGAUCAUAGUAAUAAUUCA